GCUUCGUCCCCCAAAUUUCCCCAUUUCCUCCACCUCCACUUCCGGCGCCGCGAAGGGAAGCCGCCGCCGCGCACGCUGCCCAUGGCCUCCUCCACUGAGAACACGGACGCACCGAUGGAGGAGCUCCAUGUCCCGCCGCCACCGCCGAACCCUAGCGAGGAGGCGCCCGGCGAGGCGGAGGAGCCGAAAACCCUAGAGCGGGCGCAGGAGCUGUUCGACGAGGGGUCCAAGGCCAUCGAGGACGGGGGCUUCGUCGAAGCCGUCGACUGCCUCAGCCGCGCGCUCGAGAUCAGGACUGCACAUUAUGGAGAGCUUGCUCCAGAAUGUGCCAGCACGUACUAUAAGUAUGGAUGUGCCUUGCUGUACAAAGCCCAGGAGGAGACUGAUCCUUUGGGCAAUGUUCCCAAGAGUGCACCAAAGGAAGAAUCAGUGAAGAGUACAACUGGUAAAGAUGAUAGUGGAAGCUCAAAGGCCUCUUGUAGCAAUGUUGAGGAUGCUGCAUCUUCAGAGAAAGUUGAUGCUGAAGAAGGUGAAAACUCAAAUGGCAAAGAUCAGGAGGAUGGGAAUGGCGAAGAUGACAAGGAUGUUGAUGAUGAUGAUGGCGACAGCGACGAUGAGAAGGCGGGAGAUGAAGAUGAUUCUGAUUUGGAUCUUUCCUGGAAAAUGUUGGACAUUGCAAGGGCAAUAGUUGAGAAGAGCCCAGACAACACUAUGGAGAAAGUAAAAAUCUUUUCUGCCCUGGGUGAAGUCUCCUUGGAAAGAGAGGACAUAGACAACUCACUUGGUGACUACUUCAAAGCUUUAGCUAUUUUGGAGCAAUUGGUUGAGCCUGAUCAUCGUCGAAUCGUGGAACUAAACUUCCGCAUAUGUUUGGUUUUCGAGCUGGCGGCCAAGAUUGCAGAUGCAAUCCCAUACUGUGCGAAGGCAAUUUCACUAUGCAAGUCACGUAUACAGAGCCUGAAAACUUCCAAGGAUGCUUUGUUGGCUGGUAAAGAUGAUAAUGUAUCUGCUGCUGAAGGAGGCUUGCAAAAAUCUGCUCUGGAAGAUGAGAUAGAGUUGCUGACUGGCAUACUUACUGAACUCGAAAAGAAGCUUGAAGACCUGGAGCAAGCAAUGUCAACCCCAAGUUCUGCUAUAGCUGAGAUCAUGAGGACGAUUGCAUCAAGAGCAGAUGCUGAGCAGAAAGUUGCCGAUGCGAUGCCAAGAGCUGCAUCUUUUACAUCUUCACAGAUGGCUGCAUCCAGCAACGGCUUUGAUUCCUCAAUUCUGUCCACAGCAGCGACAACCGGAAGCACUGGAAGUACUGUAACUGACCUUGGGGUUGUAGGUAGAGGCGUCAAGCGAGCUAACAUCAAGCCGAUCUCUGCUGAACCUUCUGCCAAGAAACCUGCAGUGGAUUCACCAUCUGUAAAAGGCGAUAUCAGCAACAACUCGGAGGCUCACCCUACGACACAGAGUGGCGAUGAUUCAGUAUCGAAGUAGAGUACAUUUUCCCUAGCCCUACCUCUUUUAGUAGCUUGCUGGAACCUGUUAGUUCGCUUAAUGUGACCUGCUGCGUGGCCCUUUUUAGCGAAGCUAUUUUAAUAUUUGAGAAGGGACUGCAUGAGCCCUCGACUCAUCUUGAACUUUGUAACUUGUAAGGUUAAAUUACUGAGAAGUUUAUCAACUAUGGUGAGUUGUGUCUGA